CGGGAUUUGCGUCAAGGAGCUCUGAGCCCUUCCUUGCCCUGCAGAGAAAGGGCCCUUUCCUUCCUAGGGAGGCGAGAAGCGCAGGUAGCCUGGAGGAUUCAGUCCCUUUCUUGCGUUCCCCUUUCCUUCUCCCUGUGGGCGUAUGGCUCCGACACUGGUAGGUACAGCAUCUCCCAGGCUCCCGUCUUCCCCACUGCUGCGGGGCUUGGGGUCUGUGGCUCCCGUCGUCCUCCUGAUCCUGAUGCUGCUGCUCUGUUUUCCUUUUAAGAGGAAGAAACGGCAACUAUCAACCAGAACUCUUAAGAGGGACUUAAAUGCAUCAGAUCUCAUCAGCGUGACCAAACUUGAAGACAGGCUGAACCCAGAAGAGAAGCCCCUUGAAGAAGGAAAGUUGCACGAAGGUACCUCCUUGCCUGGACAUCAUGCUAAGAGGGAAACAAAUGGUUUGGCUGCACACCUUCAGCACGGAAAUGCAAACUCUCCAAAAGGCAUGCACCCAGUUAGCCAAAACCUUCAAAGGCUGGACAAGACCAGAAAAUUUGAUACGGACCAUCUGGGAGUCUUGGGACCCUCACAAGCAUCAUCAUGUCCAAACAAAACAUCUCCGAACUCGCUGCAGUUCCGGAAGCUCCCUCUGACACCGAAGGAGGCCCAUGUAUCUAGACUGGAGCCACUGAGCCAGAGCACAGAGAGCCAAGUUUAUGAAAGCAUCCGUGAUGAAGAAAGGGAGUUGCGUACCAGGGACUGGUCACAAGGGAAGGAGAGCUCUGGUUUGCCAGCCGAGAGCAGCUCAAGCUGUGUUGCAGCAGGGGAUCACUUGGCAGGCUCUGCUGAAUCAGGUCGGAAGGAUGCAAGGACUGCAGGGGCUAAUGUCAUGCCUAGCAGUGGGCCAGGGCAGCUGGCUACAGCCCUGCAGGGCAGGGUGUCACAGGGCCAGUUGUGGGAAGCUACACCCGAGGGAGAGGCUCCGGUCCAGCCCGCCUGUGACAUGGAGAAGAGGCUAAGCGCCAUGUAUGCUCGAGUGUGCAAGAGGCCGAAGGCGUCGCAGCCUGCGAACCACAGCAAGCCCACGGAGCAGGAAGAGGAAGAGCCUCCGCCCCUCCCAGAGAAGCACUUUGAGAUUAUCUAUGAGAGCCUGAACCUUGACGCCGAGAUGCAGGGAGGUGAGAUGCCAAGUGUUGGAGUCCCAGCAGAGGCAUGAACCAGGGUAGCCAUGAGGGAGGACCAGAGUGGGAAACCUUUUGAGGCACAAAAAGCAUUUCAGGAGCUGCUGGACCGUCUGCUGCUCUUCAACCUGAGAGAGCCAGUGUGGUGUAGUGGUUCAGGUGCUGGACUACGACUUGGGAGACCAGGGUUCGAAUCCCCACACAGCCAUGAAGCUCCCUGGGUGACCUUGGGCCAGUCACUGCCUCUCAGCCUCAGAGAAAGGGAAUGGUUACCCCCCUCUGAAUACCGCUUACCAUGAAAAUCCUAUUCGUAGGGUCGCCAUAAGUAGGAAUUGACUUGAAGGCAGUCCAUUUCCAUUUCCAAAGCUCACCAAUAACAAUAUUGGUCAAGGAACAAUAUCCAGUCACAUCACAUCCAAAUGUAGCCCCAAGGAUGACAUUACUACCUCCCUUGCAACCACUCUUCUCCGCCCCCCCCCAGUAUUUUAUACCUAAAUGCAAAAAAGCCAGAUGGUCCCUCAGAGUUCUUCUGGAAGCAGCUCCAUUGUGAGGGUCCCAGGGCUGGAGGGGGAGGGAAAGCAGGUGGAAACAGCGCCCCCCUGAUGGCAAAUCCAGAGUCUCUUCCCCCACCAUGGGACAUAUCUGCAUUGAGAAAUGUGCCCUCUUGCAGACUCUGCUAUGUCUUGAAAGUCUUUAAAGUAAAUGUUGCAACCGUUUUUAAGAAAUAUUUUCUGUGGAGUGUAUUAAAACAACUGCAAUGCAGCAAUCAUACAUUUUUUCUUCUUCUUUGUUUUUUAAACGUUUUGAACGGGCAAGGAAAUUCCAUGUUGCAAUCAGGUGUCGGCCCUGCAGUGACUCUGAGGGGGAGUGACUGAGAGGGACAGAGAACACAGGAAUGCCCCUGAAACCUUGGAGGCUGCCUUGGGCCAAGUCAAGCCAUCUGUCCUUGUAACUCCGUUUUCACUGCCUGGAAGUGGCUUCAGACAGGGGUCUUCCUUCCUUGCCCCACCAGAAAUGCUAGUGGUUGACCUUCACACCUUCUGCAUGCAGAAAAGAUGCUCUGCCACUGAGGUGUGGUUCUUCCCUGAGAGGGAAGAGUGAGAUGCCGCAGGAAAACAAGACACAGGCUGUUUGGGACAUAGGAAUGGAGGAGUAAUUCGAUUCGGUUUGCAUGUGGAGCUGAAUCUAUCAAAUCUGCACUUUCUAAAAUAAUAUGAGAGCUGAAACAUAGCCAUCCUUCAAAAUUUGCACCGAUCUGAAUUUUGCAA